AGAGAGCAAGCAAGAAGCAAAACAACUUCCAAGCAAACCAGCUCCUCAAGGGGGAUGUGAAUAUACCAGCACAAGAAUCCUCAAGGCAAAAGCCAGAACAUUCAGCACAAAAGGGACUGGGGAGCCAAAACAGCAAAAGGGGUGACCAGACAUCCCCACUGUCCCACCAGUUCCUCCAGGAUCUCACAGCAUCCAGCAGGAUCAUGAAUGCUUCUCAAGGAAACCAGAACUCCACAACGGUGUCAUCAGUGCCAGGAGCAUCCAUCGGCAUAGCUGUCCUCUCGCUGGCCUUUCUGAUAGGUUUCCCGGGCAAUGCCUUUGUCCUGUGGAGUGCUAGCUGCCGUGUCCGCAAGAGGACAGUCACCUGCCUGCUCAUCCUUCACUUGGCCAUAGCUGACCUGGCCGUCAUGAUUACAGCACCCAUAUACCUGCGCUUUCUCAGUGCUGGGAAAUGGGAAUUUGGUGAAGUCAUCUGUAAGGUUUGCAAUUACAUUUGCGGGGUCAGCAUGUACACCAGCGUCUUCCUCAUUGCCCUCAUGAGUCUAGACCGCUGCCUUGCCAUCUCCAGGCCCUUCAUCUCGCAGAAGAUCCGCACCAGACGUAGCAUACGGUUGUUGGUCAUGGCUAUUUGGGUCACUGGGUUUUUCUUAGCUAUUCCUGUACUCAUCUACCGAACAGUGCAGAUGAAGAAAGGAAAGCCUAUUUGCGACCGCUUUCCCCCCACACCCAAAGACGUGCUCUUCCUGAACCUCUCUGAAACCAUCACUGGAUUCGUGUUGCCUUUUAUUGCUAUCCUCGGUAGCUACGGGAAUAUCAGCCAGCGGCUAAAGGAGACACGUUUUCGGCGGAAGCGCAGGACUGGCCGGCUCAUCUGUCUCAUUAUCAUAGCCUUUGCCCUUUUUUGGCUUCCUUACCACGUGGUCAACCUUCUGGACGUGGCUGCUGUGUUGAGUGGCUCUGAAAAGGUCAGAAUAGCAGGGAAGAUGGCUAGGCCUUCUUUGGUUGCUCUUGCCUUCUUCAGCAGUAGCAUCAACCCCAUCCUUUAUGCCUUCAGUGGCAGCUCCUUUAUCCGAUCAGCCGGAUUAGGAUUUAUGGCCAAACUAUUUGAAGGAACAGCCUCAGAAGUCUCCAGCAGCAGGAUGGGGACCAUCCGGGAUCUUCAACGCCAUGGAGAAGCCAAAGCUGAAACCUUGAAUAAUGGGACUCUUGAGUUCUUAACCACAUCUACUACCCCUACAGAUGGGUCAUCAGGUCUGGAAAAAGAUGUUUCAAAGGCUCUCAAGUCACCUUAAAGCCCAUUGUCAGGAGAUGUGGAUUCUGCAUACCAUUUUGUUUGAUUUCAUACCGUGUAGUAGAAAUGGUCUCUCUCUACAGAGCUUCUUCACAUAUCUCUUGUCUGAAAGGACCAGCUUCCCUUUUUCUGUAUGCUGCAAUGAACCAUGGGAGGCUAAACUUGGGUUGUUCAAACUCUGGCUCUGCUUGAAAGGUAGAGUCUACUUGUAACAAAUAAGAAGAUACUGAGGACAUAUAGAGUUUCAUUUGUUUCACUAUAUUUCUAAAGUGAAAGUAGGAUUAUUGGACUUAUCAUAGGCACAGUAUCUUGGCCUCUCCUACCUUCUUUUGUCACAUUUUCUGAUUUAGUGGAGGUUUGCAACUGUCUUUGGAGCUUUUAUUUUGUUCUAAUCAUACUGCUACAAAAAAACUAGAACCGUCCAAAUGUUUUUCAGAUAAGGCAAAGAGAAAAGGAAAGGAGGAAAAGAUGUUGCAUAAUGAUUCUACCAUUCACGUUCCCGCUAAAACAUCUUUCUUAUCUGUACCUUUGCCUUCUGGGAGAUGGGCUCAUUUAUUACCCAGUGCUUUUCCACUGCUUUUAGAAUGUACUGCAGCUAACCUCAAAAGCAUAUGAACCAUAGAAGCCCCCAAGGGUAGAAGACGGUGGCAGAAGAUUGAAAAGAUUGAUGGGUGGGGUGGUUUAAAAAAACCUUGUCUUUGAGUCUGCUUGAAACAAUUGCUUCACUUAAUGGGCAUUUGGCAAGAAAGAGAGGUUUAUUGUGGACUUUGUACAUUGUUCUGCAAUGUAAAUCAUAGUUUGCCCCUUCAUGGCUGGCUUUGAGUAUAAAUUUAAUAUGAGUAUUUUUUUAUAUCUAGAUUACUCACUUCCAGUGAACAUUCCAUUUCAAUAAAACCACAUUCUUUAUAUGGAA